GUUGCGUUUUAGUAUUUACGGUUAAAAGGCGCGGAAAAAGUGCUCAUUAAAUUUAUGAAAAAAACAUAUAUUUUAUAAUAUAUAGAGCGUGGAUAGUUGGCGAAACUUUUAGUAUUUGUAUUUUAAAGUGAAAUAGCUUAAAGAAAAGUUGCGAUAUAACACAUCAAAAUGUCAUUACUGACGGGUAGCGCGAAUACUAUCAAGUAUGUGCUCUUUGGAUUCAAUUUGAUAUUCUUGAUCACUGGCAUCAUAUUGAUUGCUGUCGGUAUUGGUGUAGCAGCCGUUUUCCAUGGUUAUGCAACAGUGCUUGCCGAUAAUUUCUUCUCAAUACCGACUUUCCUGAUCGUCAUUGGUGUCUUCGUCAUAUUCAUUUCAUUCUUCGGCUGUUGGGGCGCACUCAAAGAGAACUAUCUCCUAACGCUGAUAUUCGCCAUUUUGCUCGGCUUCAUCUUCAUACUGGAAUUGGCAGCCGGCAUUAGUGGUUAUGUCUUGCGUUCCGAUGCGUCAGACCUAAUCAGAAAUAGUCUAGAUGGUGCACUUAAAGAAUAUAAUACAAAAAAUGAGAAUGAUCCUUACACAAUUAUUUGGGAUUAUGUGCAAAAUAAUUUCGAUUGCUGUGGUGUGGAGAGCUACAAGGACUGGACGCAAUUCGAUGGCAAAUUGCCGCUUUCAUGCUGUGACAUUCCCGUUGGCGUUGUUGGCGAAUACAGUUGUUCUAACAGCACGGAAAGCACCAAGCGUCAUGAGGAUGGUUGCUUGACGACAUUUUCGAAUUUCAUAGAAGCACAUGCCGUCAGUUUGGGCGCCUGUGGCAUUGUGUUGGCCAUCAUUCAGUUCUUCGGCGUCUUGUUCGCCUGCUAUAUCGCACGUGAGAUAAAAAUCCGUAAUGGCAUAACCGGUAUCAUGGGAAAAAACAACCUCUGUGAUCGACGAGUAAAAAAAAAAUACAAAAUGGCGCGCGAUCAAUUGAAUUCCGGCAUGCGUUGUGCAAAAUUUAUGCUAGUAAUCGUUAGCUUUAUGUUUGCGCUCACCGCGGUUUUGCUUAUUAUGGUCGGCUCAACAAUCCAGGCGAUAUUCGGCGAUUUUAGCCAAUUCAUCGACGGUCACUUCUUCUCGCCGCCUGCAUUGCUCAUCGCCAUCGGUUUCAUUUUACUGCUAGUCGCAACAUUGGGCGCUUAUGGUGCGGUCAAGGAGAGUGUAAUGCUAAUCAAUUUGUACGGCGUUAGCUUGUUCCUGGUGUUCAUACUGGAAGUGGCUGCCGCCAUUUCUGCCUUUGUAAUGCAAACCCAAGUGCGUGGCAUGCUGAUGCGCACCAUGAACGAUUCCCUCAUCCACUAUAAUGAGAACGAGUAUGUGCAAAUGGGUGUGGAUUUCAUGCAGGAAACCCUCGGCUGCUGUGGCGUUAAUAGUCCGUUGGACUGGAAACCACUGAAUAGCACUAAUGCCGAAAUUGAGGUGCCAGCAUCUUGCUGUGAUGAGACCUCUAUCGAUGACGUCAAUUACUGUAUUAGCUCUUACGACAGCGGUUGUUUGGCACGUAUGGACUUUAUUAUCUCGCAGAGCACAAUGCUAAUUGCUACCGGCGCUACCACUGUGGCCUUUGUGCAGUUACUCGGCGUACUCUGCGCCUUCAUGUUAGCCAAAACGCUACGUCGCAACAAAUCGAUACGCGAAGCACGCCGCUGGCAGCUACAACAAAGCUUGGGUGUACUUAUUUCGGGUGGCAAGGUCGUGCCACCGACCAAUUCACCGAUUAACGGCUAUACGCAAUUGGAACGCGCUGAACGUUAUAUGGAACACGAUCCUGUCACGUAUACGCCAAGCAGUCCCAGUGUUAAUUAAGCAAGCGUGAGGGAGAGUGGAUGUGAGUAGUAGCAGAGAAAUGGCCACAAAUAGAAAUGUAACAGUAAAGUGCCUAAAAGAAAAUGUUUUUUCUCAUCAUUGUUUAUUGUAUUAUUGUAAUAGCAGUUAUUUUUAAAUACAACAAAAAUAAAAAUGUAGUUUAUAUCAAAUCUUGUAAUUUGCGCUUCAAAAGGACAGUUUGAAAUAUCUAUUACAUAAACUUACUUGUAUAACUGUAAAGCGUUAAUUUAUAGCGUGCAAUUUUAACUAACUGUAUUAGCAAGUAUAUUGUGACAAAAUAAAAUAAAAGUUUUAUUCAAGUGA